AAGGAAAGGUGCUUCUACUUCCUCGGUUCCGAGCAAUUCGAGCCCCCAGACUAUCCCGGCCGCCCCGGGUGCCGAGCGCACCACGCACUCCCUCCCCCGCUCCACCCAUCCCCAAACACAUCGCGCAUUCCGUCCUCCCGUCUCUGUUUGUGAGUGUGCUACUUGGGCUCGAAUUUCGGAAUCGCGGCACAGGCACAGCUUUGUGCUCCCUCGUGACAUUUUGAUAAGCGACGAAUGACAUGGCACAAAAUGACAAGAAUCAGAUAGUGCGUAAGAAAAUGCUUGAUUUACACAAUGUCCGCGUGGGAAAGGUCCCACAGGACUCUCAAUGGUUAAGAAGUAUUCGCUUGCAUUUCACGCAAGACGGUCGGUCUAAGACUUGGGAUGUGAUAAGAAUUCACGAUAGCGUUAGUAUAAUUGUCUUCAACACAACUCGAAGGAAGCUCGUAUUUGUUAGGCAAUUCCGGCCAGCGGUAUAUUAUGCGUCCUUACCGGAGAAGCAAGAUGUGGUGGACGUCGAGCGUUACCCUGCAACCCUGGGACUGUCCUUGGAACUCUGCGCUGGUAUCGUAGACAAGGACAAGCCUCUCGUCGAGAUUGCCAGAGAAGAGUUGAAGGAAGAGUGUGGCUACGAAGCACCCACUUCGGCAUUUGAACAAAUUACUACUUACCUGUCCAGUGCUUCUGCUAGUGCAAAGCAAACUAUCUUUUAUGUACAAGUCACAGAUAGUAUGCGGAUAUACCCUGGCGGUGGUGAUGAGUCUGAAGGUGAAAUCAUAGAAGUAGUGGAAUUGAGCAUUCCUGAACUAAAGGAUUACAUAAAAUCCAAACAAGUACAAAGUCCUGUUAGCUUUCUAUACGGUGUGUCUUGGUUUCUACUUAAUAAAUCGGAAUAUUGUUGAAUGAAAUAAAAGUUUUAACUUGUUCGGCUAUGUAAACUGAAGAACAGUAAAUUAAUCGCAAGUAAAAGUCA